AUGUCGCACUUAAAUGCGUCUAAUCUACCACAUGAACUUGUUGCUCUUAUAGCCAACGAGCUGUUAUUCAUUGGGGGAGAAUGUCUUUCUCUUCAGAUCAAUAGGAAUUGGAUGGACGGUUUAACUUUAUCCAAGGCCUACACUUACUCACGAGUAAUUAAAUUGGAAGAUGAAGUCGAUCUUGGGAUUAUCAGUAGGAUUCUCACUCAAUGCUUUAACGUAUCCAGGAAGAUUAACUUUCUUCAAAUCCAGAUAAAGAACGCAGCACUCUUUAAACAAAUUCCAUUUGGUAGAAAUGUCAUUUGUUAUUUGGAUUUAGUCUUGGAUCACGAUGAGGCAGAAUGUCUUUCAUUACCUUCAGACUUGCUAGUCGAAACAUUUCUUCGGAUACGGUGCAGGCCUGAAGAUGAAGAGAGCAUCGUCACAAAUUAUUUCUUCGACCUGAGCUCAAUUUCAAUUGAUACUCGGGAGAAUUUGGAAUAUGUUCUUAUGAUAAACAUACACCCUAUAAUGAACACUGAUGGCAAUUUUCUAAUGCUUGAUGAGGUGGAGAUUAAGGGUGACCAUGAGGCCCUGACUGCAGGCAUCAACGAUUUUGUGUCACGAGCACCGAGACUUAAGCAAUUAGAUUUGUCUUGCAAUGUCGUACCAAACAAAGUAACAUUCCCUCUCAGAAAUUCGUUUUCUUUGCCAGCUUGUUUGGCAUCUUUGAAUCAAUUAUAUCUUAAAAAUAUCAUGAUUGAUUUGCGGGAUAUAUCACUACCAGAACUCAUGUCCAUAGAUGUGACCGAUGCAAAUGUUCUAGUCGAUUACAAUAAUCCCUUCAUUUCGCAACUAGAAUAUGUAUCCUUCAGAAUGGAGCAUCUGAUACUAGAUCCACUUAUUCCUCUCAUAACGGAUAUCGAGAGCAUGGCUAGAAUGAACAAUGCCGGUAUGAUUAUUUUAGAUUAUCGGGAUUACCACAAUAGCUCAAAGAUUAGGGGAUUUAUGAGGGCUUUUAAUGAUGGCUACUUGGAUACUGCCCUUCCUGCUCUCAAAAGUUUGACUUUGAUCAGAAAUCCGCUCUUUGACAGCAGAGCUUUAGAGAGGUUUUGUUCUAGGCAUUUAUACACUUCUAUUCACAUUAUUUAG